AGAUGACGAUCCCAACCUGGUUUCGCCAUUCGAAUAUCGCGUACAAUCUUCUAUGGCUCCCGGUGGCCUUAUUGGCAUUCCUCCUGGAGGGCCUUCCGUAUCAGAUCCACGAUCUGGAAAUCACCACACUGCAUACUAUGGCCACCAGGCCAAUUCAAAUCAAUAUUAUGGUGCUCAUGUUCAUCAAAAAUACCCGGAGCCUAUCAUUCAUCCUGGCCAGCAUCAGCUGCAGCUUGGAGGACCCCUUGCAAACGACUCCCCUCCACCGCUAUCUACAGCCUCUGGUCAUGAAGGUCAACAAAAUCGUCUUCAGACUGGUGUCCUGACUGGACAGAAGCGUGGUUACAGUGCAAAUGCUGCUGAGAGUGCUCAUAGCUACUACAAUUAUCAGGGGCAUCCUCAAAAAUCCCAUAGUAUGGGAGAGGUGUACCCAUCAGACCCCAAUCAAUUUGGAGUCGUUCCAUCUGGCAUGAACACGGGGAAUUUUUCGCCGCCCAUGUCCAUGACGCCAUCUGAGCCACACUCACCUAUUCAGCAUCAAGCUCAUCACUCUCAAGAUCAACUUGGAGAUAUAAGUUCACUCCAAAAUACAGCAGCUUCCAACCGUCAUAGCCACGGCAAUCUUGCUCAGUCGAUGAAUCCUCCCAAUAAACGGCCCCGGCCCGUGUCACGAACCAUGUCCGUCACUGCUGACUCCCCAACUCCAUCGUCUGGUGACCAGUGGUACGGUCGUGACGAAGGUUUCGAUCGUAGCCAAUCAGCAGCAUCUCAUCAUUCCAUGUCGGCAAGUGAGGGUCCAGGAUCAGGAUCUUUGAAUUACAGCGUGACCAGCGAUAAUGGCAAUGGGAACGGAAUGUAUUAUGACAAUAUGAGUUUGGCCCAGCAACAACAGCAACAGCCCAAAUCAUUCAACAUCACACGAGAAGAAGCCAAUUUGGCAGGAAGGCCACGUUUCAUGCCUGGAACAUCUCAAGCAUCGAUGCAAUAUAGUGCUUCUGGCCCUUCAUCGCCCCAGCGAUCCCGUAGCAGACUAUCAUCUUUUCAAGACAGCGCAGUUGUUGCAGGAGCUAUGGCACAGCAAGGAGCAGGCUCACCUUUCGGCAGGAUGCAGAACUCUAUGAGCCCCGAUGAAACAAAGCAACCGGGUUAUGCGCGCCCACCUUCAGGACUGGAUGGCGAAUCAAACAUCCAGAUGAUCAAGGUGGAGACCGUCUCUGGUGGCUUUGCUCACGAGGCCACCAGUUGGUCAUAGAUGACAGCAACCAUCUUCUUGGUCUGAUUUCUUAC